CAAUCAUGUAGUUUAAACGUGGCACGGCAGGUUUUGAGAAACGGAAAAGGGGAUAAGAGAGCUUUGUUUGUUUUUUAAUGGAUACAAUCUGAUAACUCAAGUUUUGAUUUGUUCCACCGUGCUUGCUGCUUCAUGAUUGGUUGAACAGUAAAUGUAUAAAAUAUCCUUUUAACACGUGAAGUUGUUUUAUUUUGAUUGUUCUCUUCUUAGUGGACAUAAAGCUGGACUCGGCCACUGCUCAUCAAAGCCUCAUUCUUUCUGAUGAGGGGAAGAAAGUGAGAGACAGCGGGAAGAAGCUUACGGUCGUCGAUGAUCCAGAGAGGUUUGACAUGUUCGGCAGCGUCCUGGGGCUCAACAGGUUCAGCGCCGGACGGUCGUACUGGGAGGUGGAGGUCAGCAACAAGACCGGCUGGGAUCUGGGCGUGGCACGGCGCGGCGCCAACCGGAAGGGGCUUCUCACCGUUGACACAGAAAAUGGUUACUGGGUGACGGUCCAUUAUGAAGGUAAUAGGUACGCAGCUCUGACAGCACCGCCCGUCAGCCUCGCUCUGAAGGCCAGACCUCAGAAAGUGGGCGUGUUUGUGGACUACGAGGAGGGCCUCGUGUCCUUCUACGACGUGACGACUCGCUCCCACAUUUACUCGUUCACCGAGUGCUCGUUUGACGGUGACAUUGUCCCUUAUUUUAGUCCACAUCUGGCACAAAAUGACAAAAACACGGAUCCUUUGAUUAUAUCUGCUGUCCAAAAGCAGUGAUGGACAUGCCUAGUGCACAACGCUGACGUACCAGGAUAUGCUUCUUAGUUACAUUUGUUAUUUAGGUUAAAAGCUUUUUUUAAUGUUCAGUUAAAGGAAUAAUUAAAAAAAAUAUUGAAUGAAGUGUCUAUGACAACUCUCUGACAUCAUACAAGUACAGUGAAAUGUCUUUGGGAUACUCAGAAAAUCAGGUCGGAUCCUGAGCUGUGAUGUAAUUGUGAGUAAGAACCACGGAUGUUGUUUCAUCACUAAACCUGUCCUUAGUUUAGAUGAUCAAUGUGCCGCCCGCCGUAUUGUGACAUAAAACCAUUCAGUACAGUUUUAAAAUCCUAAUUUCUCCAAUUAUUGCAAGAUUUCCCAGCUCUUUGACAGGAAUGUUGUCCCACAUGAUGAUGCUCCCCUCACCAUGCUUCAGUGAAGCUGUGUAGUGCCUUGUCAAGUGUGAAGUAGUUGCGCGUCCACACAAAGGAAACUUGAGUCACACAUUUAAUUUUUCUCAGAUGUUUUAUAACCUUUAUCUUGUGAAUUUGUCACAAAGGAGAAGCUCCGGCCAUAUUUUAUAAUCGAUCAUCAUGAUACCAGAGGGUUCCCAGUAUUUUUCCCGCUCAAAGACUUUAUUUGAAACUCUUAAGCUUUAAUUUCCUUUUAUAUAACUCUUUAUUUGUCCAAUAAUUCAUGUAAACUGGUGUAAAAUCUGCAUGUUUAUUCUGAUCCUUAUGAGUCACUGUGUGUUUUAUGUUGUAAUUCAGGGCUUAAAACAGAUUGUAUUGUAAAAACCAAGCAAACAUUAAUACCCAUAGCAUUUUGGGAACACUUUGUAUGUCUUUUGUUUUCUUUUUUUAUUGUUCCGAUAUGAAAUA